AUGCCAGAGACGAAGGAUAAAUCGAAGGUCCACAAGCUGUCCAUCAAAGGAUCGGCCAAGCUGGUAUCGGAAUUCUUCGAAUACUCGAUUAACUCCAUUCUCUUCCAACGCGGGGUCUACCCACCCGAAGAUUUUACUACCGUCAAGAAAUAUGGCCUGAAUAUGCUCGUCUCGGCCGAUGACCAGGUGAAGGCAUAUAUCAAGAAGAUCAUGUCACAACUGAACAAGUGGAUGGUGGGUGGGAAAAUUUCCAAGUUGGUGGUCGUCAUCACCGACAAGGAAACAGGGGAACAUGUGGAAAGAUGGCAAUUCGACGUGGAGAUCUUUGGCAAGCACUCUAAAAGCCAGGGUGCUCGUAAGUCGGGAGACAAGGAAAAUGCAGCCCCUGGAGACAAUGCUCAAGCCACCGACUCCGUGGAUAAGACCGAGAAGGAGAUUCAGGAGGAGAUCCAAGCCAUUUUCCGACAGAUCACCGCCUCAGUCACCUUCCUUCCUGUCCUAGACGGCGAUUGCACAUUCAAUGUUCUUGUCUACGCCGACGCCGACUCUGAAGUACCCGUGGAAUGGGGCGAUAGCGAUGCCAAGGAGAUCAAGAACGCAGAGAAGGUCCAAUUGCGAAGCUUCAGCACCAACAACCACCGCGUGGGCACUCUUGUUAGCUACCGGCUGGCUGACUAA